AUGAAGAUUUCCUUCCUAUUGGCAUUCAUCCUAUUGGUGAUUGGUUCCUUAUUAUUGUUAGGAGUGUUGGUAGAUGGGGCCCUUCCGAAUAUCAUGUCACAAAUGAAGGAACAAAUCACUGUUAUGGAAAGCAAAUGUUUGAUAACAAUGAAGGGAUUGAAUUGUCCUACAACAAGUAGUAGAAGAAACCUCAUGGAUGAUCAUUUACCUAUUAUUGCCGGAGUUGGUUAUAGCAGAGAGGAUCACACCAUUCGUCCUCAAAUUCUUCAAUCUCCCUCCAGUGUUCCAACAUCAGGUGAGGAAUCUGUGGUAAAAACAAUGAAAAGCGCUCAAGAGUACUUUUCCAUGUUGUUUCCAAGGGAUGGUCAGACAGUUUUUAAUGGACUUUAUAGUCAUGGAUCUGCAGCUACUGAUCUAAUCUUUUCAAGAUUCUUUGAGGGUAAUUUGUUUAUUGCUGAUAUUCAAAAGCAAUAUUUCACACAUACUGUUUCAUUGUCUACAAUUCAAGUCACUGAUGAAUUUCAAAUGAUUAUUGAUUUACUUCCUUAUGAAAUGGAUACUGACUUGUACAUGCAAGUAAUUACAUCAUUUGGUGAUUCUAUUGCCACAAAUAUUGUUUAUGGAGGUGUUAUUGAUUUGACAACCUCUGUCAAGUCAUGUUACAAUGAUCCAAGCAUGUUGAGUUACUUGGAUUUAGAAUUACAAUUAUCAAUUGAUGAUCAAACUGAUACCUCCAGUCUUCCUAAUGGUUAUAUUAGAUAUCAUAAGGUAGCUCAAUUGGACAUUGUUGGUGGAAAUCCUCAAAUUUCAUCAAAAAGAGAAAGAGUGUCAACUUUUGCUUCCAAUCCAGUCCCUGUUAAAUUCGAAACUAUUCCAAUUUGGAGAGCAUUCCCUGAUGGUCCAAAACAAGCUAAUAUGAAGAUUAUUUACAAUAAUUAUAUCCAAUCAAAGGCAGACCAAGUGAAUCAAAUGAUUAAUGACCUAAAUGCAAAGAUGGCUGCAGAUGCUUCCAAACUUCAACCAGUCACUGUUUUUAAACAAGAUCGAAAGGAUUCUAUCAUUGAAAAUUUUGGUUCUAGAACGAGUAUUGCUAAUGGAAACUCUGUUGAAAUCGAUGCCUUUGUAAGAAUGGUUUUCCAAGUCAAUUUCCCAUAUGAUGAUCCAACUUUCAUUAUUGGAUUGAGACCUAAGAUUUACAAGAAUUUGGAUGGAUCCUUCUAUUUCAAUUUCCUCAGAGGAGAUUGUGAUCAAUAUAACUGGGAUGUUUGUAAAUGGACUUCUUAUGUUUUAGAAACAUUUGGUGGAGUAUCUCUCAAAUCAAGAACAGGAAAGGAUGAAUGUAUUCAAUUGGCAUUUGGUCAAUCAGUUCAAACAAGAUACACAACUUCUUACUUGUAUGUUUGCACUGGUUGUACACCUUACAUUUCACAAGAUGGUAAAUCAUUGAGUUGUGGCUGUCCGUACAUUGAAUAA